AUGUCGACACUCGGCUCGCGCGUAUACAAUCUGACUCUGCUCCUUCUUAAUACUCGUGAUAUUACACAAAAAGGAUACGAGAAAAAGAAGACAAGACUUUUGGCUCCUUAUGCUCCUAAGCAGCCCCAAGCCGGUCCCCCAUCGGCUUCAAACAGUAAACAGCCGUCUUCCCAGCAGCAUCAACAUCAUCAACAUCGCACCAGGCGCACGCAAAGACGUGUCACUCAUAAUGAGAAACGAUAUCACUCAGAAGUGCGACAAGAAGCUGUACAACAAGCUCUGGCGGCUAUGCAGUCCAGGCCUAAACCGUCGUUACCGAUGCCCAGCAAACGAACCUCGGUUAUGGCGAAAAGUCCUGAUCGGUCAGCCACCACUCGUAACGAAACCGACUCCAGCUCGGAUGACGAUAGCGUUGGUGACCAUAUACCUGACCGAGGAGAAGUCAAAGACCGCGGUAGCGGUGGACGCGAACGCAGCAGCGGAGCGGAUACCAGCAGUACCGGUGGGUCUGCUAGAGACACACCGCCACAUCCAAAGACUGUUGCUGCUGCUGCUACCACUGUCGCUGCCACUACAAUUACUCCUUCUGCUGCUCACGGACCACAACAUCAGCCCCCGCUGUCGAUGCAGCAACACAGACACCAUCACCAUCACCAUCACACCAAGAUUCCUAAUGGUGCGCCCGGAGGCGGGAUGUCCGGCAACAACGGUCCCGGUUAUUGGGACGAGUCCAGGACGAUCAUCGAGACUCCCAAGGAGCAGGAUAAAAUCAAACGCAAUAAGCCCGAGGUGACUGAAGUGGCUGACAUGUUGCACAACGUCCGACCUCCAUACCCUCAACCUCCAGACGUGACGAAUAACGUGACGCAGUCGAGGAGAUACACACCUGCGGACCGAGUAAACCGGUACAGCCGAGAUUCCAGACAGUCGUCCAGCGACGAUGGAAUGGGCACGGUAUCCAGCAGCGGCCGUUGGAAAGUGUCGGCCAAGAUUCAACAGUUGUUGAACACACUCAAGCGACCCAAACGGCGGCCCCUGCCUGAGUUCUACGAAGACGACGACGUUGAACUCGAGAUCGCGGCCAACCCUAAGGAUCCCAACGCACCGCGACCAGAAGGUGCCUACAUGUCUCCGGCCUUGGGUGAACCGCUAUCCGUGCCAUCAGGACUUCCUCGUAAUUUGGAAGCCGCUCUGCAACGUUAUGGUUCGAGUACUUUUAAAGCUCCCGUAGCUACCGUAUUGGACACUAAUGGAAAAUUAAGCAUCACACUUACUUACGGUAAACUUCUUAGCAGAUCUCACAAAGUGGCCUACACUCUCCUCAACCGUCCACUAGUCAAGGGUAAUGGUGGCGGAGAGUGCUUGAAACACGGUGACCGUGUAGCUCUAGUCUAUCCGAACAGCGACCCGCUAAACUUUCUGUGCUCUUUUUACGGUUGCAUAUUUGCUGGAAUCGUACCUGUGCCAAUUGAAGUGCCAUUAACUCGUAGGGAUGCAGGGUCACAACAAAUAGGAUUUCUAUUAGGUAGCUGUGGUGUUCAAGUGGCCCUGACAUCUGACGUGUGUCUAAAAGGUCUUCCAAAAACUGCUACUGGCGAUGUGGUGGCGUUCAAAGGCUGGCCCAAGUUGCAUUGGUUUGUCACCGAACACCUACCAAAAACUCCUAAAGACUGGUGCCCACCACCUCAUAUUGGUGAAGACACUCCAUCUUAUAUAGAAUACACCACUGAUAAAGAAGGUUCUGUGAUGGGUGUAAGUGUAAGUCGCACUGCCAUGUUAAACCAGUGUCGUGCUUUAAGUCAAUCCUGUAACUAUACUGAAGGUGACACCAUGGUAUGCGUUCUUGAUUUUAAACGUGAAACUGGCCUAUGGCAUUCUGUUUUAACAUCUAUCUUAAAUGGCAUGCACGUGAUCUACAUUCCGUACGCUUUGAUGAAAGUCAACCCAGCUUCUUGGAUGCAAAUGAUUACAAAAUAUAGAGCAAGCGUAGCAGUAGUUAAGUCUAGAGACUUGCAUUGGGGUCUUUUGGCGACCAAAGAUCAUAAAGAUAUUGUACUUAGUUCAUUGAGAUUACUGUUGGUCGGUGAUGGAGCUAACCCGUGGUCUCUAUCAUCUUGUGAUCAAUUUUUGGCUGUUUUUCAAUCAAAAGGCUUGCGGCCAGAUGCUCUGUGCCCAUGUGCUUCAUCAAGUGAAUGUCUUACAGUUUCUGUUCGGAGGCCCGGCAGAGCUGGAGUAAAUGCAACUGGGCGCGGUGUCUUGUCAAUGUCUGGCUUAAGUUAUGGUGUUGUUCGUGUGGACCAAGAAAAUUCACUUACUUCAUUAACUCUUCAAGACUGUGGUCAAGUUAUGCCCAAUUGUUCAAUGGUAGUUGUUAAAAUGGAUGGUAUACCUUAUAUGUGUAAAACUGACGAAGUUGGAGAAAUUUGUAUGGGUGGACUCAGUACGACUACAUGUAAUUACUGGGGACUUCCAGGCUUAUCAAAUGCAACAUUUAGAGUUGCACCCAUUGGAGAAGAUGGAAAACCAACAAACGACACAAUUGAAUAUACGAGAUCAGGUCUUCUUGGAUUCCUCGGACCUGGUGGGCUAGUAUUCGUGUGUGGAUCUCGAGAUGGUCUCAUGACAGUUACUGGACGUAAACAUAACGCUGACGACAUUAUUGCAACAGUUUUGGCUGUGGAACCAAUGAAAUUUAUAUAUAGAGGAAGAAUCGCUGUAUUUGCAAUACGCGUAUUGCGUGACGAGCGUAUAUGUGUUAUUGCUGAACAGCGACCGGAAUGCAGUGAAGAAGAAAGUUUCCAAUGGAUGUCCAGAGUACUUCAAGCGGUCGAUUCCAUUCAUCAAGUUGGGCUGUACUGCUUAGCACUAGUACCACCGAAUUACCUUCCCAAGACACCAUUAGGAGGAAUUCAUUUGUCUGAAUGCAAAAGAAGAUUUUUAGAUGGAAACUUACAUCCGGCUAAUGUACUUAUGUGUCCUCACACAUGUGUUACAAACUUACCAAAACCACGAGAAGCGCAUUCAGUUGGCGGGACUGUUUCAGACGUGGGACCUGCUUCAGUAAUGGUUGGAACAAUUGUGCAAGGUAAUCGUUUGGCUACAGCACAAGGGCGUGAUAUUGGCAUCAUUGAUAUGGAAUCAGAUUCUAACAAAACUUAUCUUUUCAUAUCGGAAAUACUAAAAAUGAGGGCGAUUAGAGAUCCUGAUCAUGUAAUAUUUACUUUGGUGAAUGCAAAAGGUGGUGCAGCUGCCACAUUGACUUGUUCACAGUUACAUAAACGAGCAGAGAAAGUUUCCAACUUAUUGAAUGAACGAGCCAAAGUGAAUACUGGUGAUCAUGUUGCGCUUAUUUUCCCUCCAGGAAUUGAUCUCAUUUGUGCAUUUUAUGGUUGCUUAUAUGUCGGUGCUGUUCCUGUAACAAUACGACCUCCUCAUCCACAAAAUCUUCAGACUACUCUGCCAACAGUGCGUAUGAUUGUAGAUGUUAGCAAGUCUACAUUAGUCUUAUCCAAUCAAAAUAUCAUAAAACUUCUCAAGUCAAAAGAAGCUAGCAAUGUAGUGGAUGUAAAAUCGUGGCCAGUUAUCUUGGACACUGAUGAUAUGCCAAAGAAAAAAAUUGUACCAUCUUACCGAGCACCUACUGCUGAACUUCUCGCUUAUUUAGACUUCAGCGUUUCUACAACUGGGAUGUUAGCUGGAAUUAAAAUGUCUCAUGCCGCUGUCACAUCAUUGUGUAGAUCCAUGAAAUUAGCGUGUGAACUUUAUCCAUCAAGACAUAUUGCGUUGUGCUUAGAUCCUUACUGUGGUUUAGGAUUUGCCUUGUGGUGCUUAAGCAGUGUAUAUUCUGGUCAUCAUUCAAUUCUCAUACCUCCAUCUGAAAUUGAAAUAAACCCUGGCUUAUGGCUCACAGCUGUUAGCCAAUAUCAAGUUCGAGACACAUUUUGUUCUUACGGUGUCAUGGAACUGUGCACUAAGGGUUUGGCUUCAUCUGUUGGACUUUUGAAACAACGUGGUGUAAAUUUAGCAUGUGUACGGACAUGUGUUGUGGUCGCCGAAGAAAGACCUCGAAUAAACCUAACAACAUCAUUCUCAAAGUUAUUCUCUGCUCUUGGACUUAGUCCCCGAGCUGUGUCUACUAGUUUUGGAUGUCGGGUGAAUGUAGCUAUAUGUUUGCAAGGAGCAUCCAGUCCAGAGCCAUCAUGUGUAUAUGUUGACCUACGAGCCUUAAGAAAUGAUCGAGUUUCCCUGGUGGAACGCGGUAGCCCGCAUUCAUUGUGCUUGCUCGAAUCAGGGAAAUUGUUACCUGGUGUUAAAGUCAUUAUUGCCCAUCCAGACACAAAGGGUCAUUGUGGUGAUUCACAUCUGGGUGAAAUUUGGGUACAAGCACCACAUAACGCCAGUGGAUAUUUUAGCGUAUUUGGAAAUGAAAUAGCAGAUGGUGGUAAUGGAUCAGAACAGUUCAAUGCACGACUAGUCACUGGUAGCACUGGUGAAAUUUAUGCUAGAACUGGUUAUCUUGGAUUUUUAAGACGUACCGAAUCAACAUCAACACCAUCAAGUGUCGCAUUACAUUCAACAGACACUAUUGACAUAAUGUCUCUUAGUGAUUUGUCGCUUGCCUCGUCUAACCAAUCCACACUAAGUAGUAAUACUACUGCUACUGCUGAAUUACCAGAGCUUCAUGAUGCUGUUUUUGUGGUUGGUGCUCUGGAUGAAACAAUUAUUCUACGAGGCAUGCGUUACCAUCCGAUUGAUAUUGAAAACAGUGUAAUGCGAUGUCAUCGAAAGAUUGCAGAAUGUGCUGUGUUUGCUUGGACCAAUCUCUUAGUAGUAGUGGUUGAACUGGAUGGCAAUGAGAGCGAAGCACUUGACUUGGUACCACUAGUGACCAAUGUGGUACUCGAAGAACAUCAUUUAAUUGUUGGCGUUGCUGUGGUAGUUGAUCCAGGGGUGGUGCCAAUAAAUUCCCGCGGCGAAAAACAACGCAUGCAUUUACGUGAUGGCUUCUUAGCUGACCAACUUGACCCUAUUUAUGUAGCAUAUAACAUGUGA